UUCUCUCUUUUCUUUAGAAUCGAAGCAACAAAUAGUCAUUAUUCUUGACAAAUAAAAAGAAAGGAAGAAUCUUAGAAGUUAUUCAAGAAAGUUAUGGAUUACUUAUGUGUUCUUUAGAAACUAGUUGCAAUAAUCAAUAAUAGGUUUAAAAAAUGAUAGAAGUCCAUGCGCGGUUGCCGUAUGGUUCUGUUUUCUUGGCUGGAGAAGUUGUAGAAUGCCUUGUGACAUUUCGUAAUCCUUUUACAUAUUCUCAAAAACAAAGUCAGUCCAACAGUGAUCUGGAAGAGGUACUUGCUUGGGCCAGUGCUCAAAUUCAUUGCCAGUGCACUGUUGAUGAUGCUUUGGUCAAGUUUCCCAGCUCAGCAUCUCAAGAAGAACUGGCAACUGCAUCUCAAGAAACAUCAUUCAUUCCUUGCAGAGGAGAAAGUGGUCAUGUAGUUCUGUCAACUAAGCCCAAAAUAUUGUUCUGUGAUUUGAAGUUAUCUCCAGGCCAAAGUAAAACUUAUAUUUAUCGUGAAACUAUUCCUAACAAUGCACCUCCAUCAUAUAGAGGUCACUGUGUAAAAUAUGCAUACAAAAUAACUAUUGGUACACAACGUGUAAAUGCUGUCAUCAAACUAUUAAAAAUUCCUAUUCGGGUUCUAGUUUUAUAUGGUAUUCCAGCUUCUCAAUUUGUCACUGAAAGUGAAGAACUCCAAGUUGCUCCUGCAAAUCCUUUUCUUCAAAGUCAGCAGAAACAGCCCACAAUUUCUACAACUUUGCAAUUAUUAGAAGCGAUUACAGCUAGACGUAAUCCAAGUUAUUACAAUAUUACAAACCAAAGUGGAAAAGUUGUUAGAUUUUGUUUGUUGAAAUCAUCCUAUCGUCUUGGAGAGGACAUUAUUGGCGUUUUCGAUUUCUCUAAAGCAAGUGUCAAAUGUGUUCAGUUUUCAGUUACACUUGUAAGUGAAGAGGAAUUGCAAGACGGCUGCAAAGGUAGACCAAAACAAAGUACAACUACUGUUGCUUAUAAUAAACAUCAUGAAUUUUCCUUACACCUGAGCUUGACUCAAGUGAUUUUACCGAUUCCAUUAACAGUUACGCCUGCAUUUAGUACAAAUAUAGUUUCUUUGAAAUGGAAACUCCAUUUUGAAUUUGUGACAACAAAUACAUCUUCUCCAAUGCCAGAACCAAGUGAUGCCUCUAAACCAGUUUCCUGGCAAGGUCCGUCAUCUGUAGAUGUUCAAACAAUGGUCUGGGAUCUACCAAUUUCUGUCUAUCCCACUCAUCCCCUACAAGUGGCCCAUGGUUUGCCUUCCAAACUUGAUCAUAUGAUUACUAUUUAAGGCCACUUCUAGUUCAUACAUGUAAUUCAUUUGUUAUUCUGUUGUUUAAAAAAUGUACUGUAAAAAAUUGCAGCUUAUGACAUGAUCUGGAAAAAAAAGAAAAAAAAAUUGAUUGUAAAGAACUGAUUACUGUAAAAGCACUCAUUUUUGUGAGGCUUUAAUUUUCUCGAUUUUCACGAGCUUGAUGCAAUAGUUAAAAUUUAAGUCUCCCGAAAACUAUACACAAUAACAACCGUAAACACUUAAAGGAAGAAAAAAAAGUAAGUUACAUUAAAAGAAGACUAUGAAAUAGAAAUAGACAAAGGUGUAAAUAGAUAAAGGUGUAUUAAAUUAUUUGUGAAUAGCUUCACAUAUUCACUGAUAAUUUUAUAUGCCUUUUUGCUGAAGGUCCAAAUCUUGCAAGUUUACAAAAGUUAGGUUG